AUGGCGACCACUAUGAAGGGUGCAUGGACCAUGGAAGAAGACAGGAUUCUGGUGAAGCUGGUUCUGCGUCACGGCGCUAAGAACUGGCCAACCCUGAGCAAGUCAAUUGAGGGGCGAUCGGGGAAAUCUCUUAGGCUGCGCUGGCUCAAUCAUCUGUCCCCGAAGGUGAACCGCAAUCCAUUCAGUCCCGAGGAGGACCAAAUCAUCAUCCGAACCCAUGCAAGAUUGGGAAACAAGUGGGCUACUAUCGCCAAAAUGUUGUUAAAUGGAAGGACAGAUAAUUGUGUCAAAAACUACUGGCAUUUCAGCUUGAAGAAGAGAUUGCCCCCCAUUGUUGAUCAACCCCAAGAACAGGAAAAUGACCGCCCGGAGGAACGACCAACUCUUUCUGCAAAUCUGCCAGGAGGGUCGGACACCGAUCCUUCAACUUCUUUGACGCUUGCACUGAUCAGGACUGUGGACAGAGAACCAACAGCCGCAGCCGCAGCCGUUGGCGACCACAUUUGA